AUGUUCAGCAAAGAAUCUUGUGGGAAAAAAGAGAAGUCUCGGAGAAAAGGCACCACUUCGUCACCCUACUUUGGUGAAAAAAGUUUUGAAGCACCAUGUUCUUCAGGGUCAUCUGAAAAUAUUCAAGACACAGAUCAAGAGAUGCAGAUAGUAGAAGAGCUUCAUGCUGCACGUUUGGGAAAAACUUUGGAUUUACCUGUGGUUCCGCCUUCUGGGGAGUUAAUGAGUAUGGAAAUUGACUUGGUGGAAGAUGAUGCACAUUCUUCUGCUGGUAUACCCUUAGCAAAUACUACAGACAAAAAGCUUCUAAUUGUUAUUGACACAAAUAUUCUGAUGAAUCAUCUCAAAUUUGUUAGACUUUUGAAGACAACAGAAAUACCAGGUUUUGACAAACUUGUAUUACUAAUUCCCUGGGUUGUUAUACAAGAGCUAGAUCGUAUGAAGGCAGGGAAACUACUAAAACAUGCCCAGCACAAAGCCAUACCUGCAGUUCGUUUCAUCAGUGACAGUCUCAAAAAUAAAGAUGGAAAGCUGUGGGGUCAAUCAAUACAACUUGCAUCUCAAAAGCUUUAUGGAUUGAGUGAUGAAAACAAUGAUGAUCGAGUAUUAAAAUGCUGUCUUCAGCACCAGGAAUUAUUCCCUUGUUCUGUUGUUAUUCUGUGCACCUAUUCAAUGCUGUACUUGAAACCACCAUGGACUCUAAUACAUUUAUUACAGUGUUUUAAAAAACAUUGGUUGGCUGUAUUUGGAUUAGUUAUGGAAAAGAACUUGCUUUUAACUAUUGAGAGCCUAUACGAAAAUCUCCGUAACGCUAAUAAUACAGUGGAUUUUAUAACAGUAAAAUUCCUGCUACAAGAUUCUAAAAGUUUGUUACAUGCUUUCAGUACAAGGUCAAAUUAUGAUGGUAUUCUUCCACAGGCCUUUGCUCAAGUAAACAAACUGCUCCAAACAUUUGCAGAGCAUUUUUGCACUAGUCGUUGGUAUUUUAUGUUGUUUCGUGUAUGGAUAGAAGAAAGCAUGGAUGUGUUUCAAAGAUUGGGCUCAAAUUCAGCUCUGACUACAUCAAAAAUAGCUUCAUUUGAAGAAGCAUUUGUUUACCUUCAAAAGUUAAUGGCAGCUGUGAAGGAUAUUCUUGAAGGAAUUCAGAGGGAAAAGCUCACCAUCGGAUGCUGCCAGCUGGUCGAGAUGGAACACACCAUGCAGCAGUGCAACGCGUCUGUCUACGUGGAGGCCAGAAACAGGGGAUGGUGCGAAGACGUGCUUAACUACAGGACAUAAGUGCCGAUUUAUAACUUAGUAGGAAUUGCAUUUGUCUUCAAGAAUAACAGAGAAACUUUCGACCUGGUCACUUUUUUGAGUCAAACCCUAGAGAAUUUUAAGAAAUAUUUCAUAAGUACGGAAAGGUGAUUGCCUAUUACUGACAAUCUCAGUGAAGCUCUGAAAAGCCUAAUGCAUCCAUUGUGGGAUAAACCGUGGACUCAACUCUUCUGGAGUUGACAAUACCUCCCUACCUCUACUCCUGAUACUGAGCCAGUAAUCUGUAAGGAAAAGAGAGCCAUCUUUUCAGUCUUCCUAGGGCAGGAGGCACUGCGGGGCACAGCAUUAGCAUCUCUCUCAACCCUAGUGUGGGCAUGUGACCAGGGACACUGCCAACCCCUAGGAAAGAAUUAGGCUGUGACCAUGCUUACCACAUUCCACAAAUGAAAUCUUACCACGGGCUGUCUUACGAUCAAACUGAUUGAUGUGGACCUGGUGAAAAUAACACCCACCACCACCACCACCUCCCUCAAGGUAGCGAAAGAAUUUUACUUCAGCUCCUCUUUCCCAUGCACCUCUCCUCCUCUUCUCUGGGCUUGUCUCUUUUCAGUGCAUUUCGAAUGGGGAAGAGCAGGGUGACCCCUACGCUGAGUUUCCCCUUAAAUGUGAGCGUAGUAUGGAUUUAUGUGCUUAAAUGUGAAGCAGUGACUGAUGUU